GGCUGGGAAAGCAGCAGCAGAGAGAGAGAGAGAGAGCGAACGAGAGAGACCCGGCAGACACACAGUUCACUUGUUCCUGCGCGACAAAAUCCAGGAGGCGAGUGCGUCUCUCUGCCGACUUUAUCACAGAGGAGGACUUUACCUAACAGGACAUAUAACAACAGCUCUCAGGGCAAACCCUACAGCCCAGCGAGAGCGAAAGAGGGAGAACUUUUUGGCUAUUGCUCCGCUUGUUUCUUUUUUUUUUUAGUUUUUUUUUUUUUUUUUAACCACAUCUCCGUAACCUUGGAAGUCAGACCUGUUCAUUGUGAGAGAGAAUGGGACCGCUACUCCUUUCCAUCGCCCUGUUUGUGAGCGCAGCUGUCCCGCAGCAUGUGAAAGCAGCAGAUGGUGAGGAACCAACUUCAGCAGGCCCCUGUCAUCCAAACCCCUGCCACAACAGAGGAACAUGCGAGAUCAGCGAGACCUACAGGGGCGACACCUUCAUUGGUUACGUCUGCAAGUGUCCACCAGGCUUCAGUGGAGUUCACUGCCAACACAAUAUUAACGAAUGCGAAAGGGACCCAUGCAAGAAUGGGGGCAUUUGCACAGAUCUGGUUGCCAACUAUUCCUGCGAAUGCCCAGGGGAGUACAUGGGGAGGAACUGUCAAUACAAAUGCUCCGGACCACUGGGCAUGGAGGGUGGUAUAAUCUCCAACCAACAGAUAACAGCCUCCUCCACCCACCGUGCUCUCUUUGGCUUGCAGAAGUGGUACCCGUACUUUGCACGCCUCAACAAGAAGGGCCUGGUCAAUGCCUGGACUGCUGCCGAAAAUGACAGAUGGCCAUGGAUCCAGAUAAACUUGCAGAGGAGAAUGCGGGUCACGGGCCUAAUUACCCAGGGUGCAAAGCGUAUCGGCAGCCCGGAGUACGUCAAGUCUUACAAAGUAGCCUACAGUGAUGACGGAAAGACCUGGAGAACAUACAAAGUCAAGGGCAAAGAUGAGGAUAUGAUUUUCAGAGGAAAUGUCGAUAACAACGCUCCAUCAGCCAACUCCUUCACCCCUCCCAUUGAAGCCCAGUACGUGCGCAUCUACCCCCAAGUCUGCAGGAGGCACUGUACCUUACGCAUGGAGCUGCUCGGCUGUGAGCUAACAGGCUGUUCUGAACCACUGGGAAUGAAGUCAGGCCAUAUCCAGGACUACCAGGUCAUGGCCUCCAGCAUCUUCAGGACGCUCAACAUGGACAUGUUCACCUGGGAGCCUGGGAAGGCCCGUUUGGACAAACAGGGCAAGGUCAAUGCUUGGACAGCUGGACACAGUGAUCAGUCACAGUGGCUACAGGUGGACUUGCUUGUGCCGACCAAGGUCACAGGUAUCAUCACCCAGGGAGCUAAAGACUUUGGCCAUGUCCAGUUUGUUGGCUCAUACAAAGUUGCUUACAGUAAUGACGGAGAGCGAUGGAAUGUAUAUCAAGAUAAGAAACAAGGGAAGGACAAGGUAUUCCAGGGGAACUUUGACAACGACACACACAGAAAGAACGUGAUAGACCCGCCCAUCUACGCUCGGCUGAUCCGGAUCCUUCCUUGGUCAUGGUACGGCAGGAUCACUUUGCGUGUAGAAAUACUCGGAUGCACAGAGGAAGAGUGAAGUCCUUUCCUCCAUCUUUCUUGCCAUCGCCCCCUGUCCCUUGGCAUACUGGAGUCUCUCACCCAGUAUAUCAAAAAUAAACUGUGCAACCUGUAAAAAGAAAUUGAUUUCCAAUGGAAUUUUUCAAGAAUAAGUGUUUGGUUGUGGUGGGUUGCUGUUUGUUCUUUUGUACAAUGAUUUCAAACCUGCCCCUGAUUCACUUUUGUCUUUUAGUUUUCCUCUUUAAAGCGUGAUCUUUGUCUUUUUAUUCUUCAAGAUGUACCAUCCUGUUUGGAAUGAACUUCUGUAAUAUAUAUA